AUGGGGGGACCCAAGGGAGGGGACCCCAGGGACAAUGGAGAGACCAAAGAGGCAACAGAGGAUCCGGAGGGGACAAGAAGGGACCCAAGGGACGAUGGGGGGGACCCAAGGGGUGACAGAGGACCCAGGGGGGACAAGAGGGGACCCAAGGGGUGAGAGAAGUUCCAAGGGGGAACAAGAGGGGACCCAAGGGGUGACAGAGGAUCCGGAGAGGAGAAGAGGGGACCCCAGGGACAAUGGGGGGACCCAAGGGGUGACAGAGUUUCCAAGGGGGACAAGAGAAGACCCAAGGGGUGA